AUGUAUCUAUGUUAUUCUCUUCAUAUCUAUCUAUCUAUCUAUCUAUCUAUCUAUCUAUCUAUCUACUUUAUUCUCUUUAUAUCUAUCUAUCUAUCUAUCUAUCUAUCUAUCUAUUUUCUUCAUAUCUAUCUAUAUUAUUCUCUUCAUACCUAUCUAACUAUCUAUCUCUCUAUCUAUCUUAUGCUCUUCAUAUCUAUCUAUCUAUCUAUCUAUCUAUCUAUCUAUCUAUCUAUCUAUCUAUCUAUCCUAUUCUUUUCAUACCUAGCCUAUUCUCUUCAUAUCUAUCUAUCUAUUUAUCUAUCUAUCCUAUUCUCUUCUAUUCUCCCUAACUAUAUAUCUAUCUAUCUUGUUCUCUUCAUAUGUAUCUAUCUAUCUAUUUUCUUCAUAUCUCUCUAUCUAUAUUAUUCUCUUCAUAUGUAUCUAACUAUCUCUCUCUCUAUCUAUCCUAUGCUCUUCAUAUCUCACUAUCUCUCUAUCUAUCCAUCUAUCUAUCCUAUUCUUUUCAUACCUAGCCUAUUCUCUUCAUAUCUAUCUAUCUAUUUAUCUGUCUUAUUCUCUUCAUAUCUAUCUAUCUAUCUAUCUAUCUAUCUAUCUAUCUAUCUAUCUAUCUAUCUAUCUAUCUAUCUAUCCCAUUCUCUUCAUAUCUAUACCCAAAAUUACCACGAUUCAAAAUCGAUAACUGUAUAA